AGCCAUCGGCUCCAAGCGGUGGAGUGCGAAGAGCGAGCUUGCCACUGGGCGGACAUGCGGCGCUACCAACAGGUGAAGGAUAUUGAGAGCGACAGCGUGGACGACAUCACGGUCAGCGAGGAUGAGGGAGAAGAAACCUUCGUAGACCGGAAGCUGACAUUCCUGUCGGAAGCCAGGGAUGGGUUUGUGGUGGCUCAGAAGACGUCCUUGCAGGUGGCGUGUUGGACCACCGUUUUCAGCGCUUUCGCGGUGGUCGUCAACCGUCACGAGCUGUCAGCGAAGGGCUUCCCGCCCUCCAGCAUCCUGUGCAACGUGCUGUUCACGGUGGGUAGCGACCUGGGCUCCACGCUGAACAACAUCUACUACGGUGUGAUCGGUACCUUCAUCGCGUGGAUUACGAAUUGGACCUUCUUGGGCUUCUUCCCAGACGCGUACACUGGGGAGCCACUCAGAAGAUCAACGAGACCGUGCGCUUCUGGGCGCUUCUGAACUUCACCGGGGGCUAUGCCAUGGAUCUGGUGAACCCGAGCGUCAAUGGCGAGAACUUGUCAGGCAACUUCAAGCUCAACUACCUGGGCACGGCCGAGAACGCCUUCAUUCUCUACCUCAUCGGUGCGGCGCUCGCCUUCAUCAUCUUCCUCAUCCCGCCCAUCACUUCGCUCUACCGGUCCCAGAACCGCGUGGUUGUUAUCAUGAAGGAGAUGUCGGAUCUUAUUAAGCGCGUGCAUCACUACUACUCCGGGAACACGCAAACCCUGGAGUGCAACUACAUCAAGGAAGACUUCAAGAUUCUCAGGGCGAGGUUGGCGGAGGCUGAAAACUAUGGCGUGAGCUCCUGGUACGAGUCCUGCGGGCGGAGCAAGAAGCGCUACAUGAUGCUGAAGCUGGUCCACCUGAUCAAGGACCUCAUGGAGUAUGCGGAGCCUUUGCUGGAGGUCAUCUCCAAGGAAGACUUUAAAGAGAGUCACACCAUCAUGAUGCGAUACGUUCGGAGCCCUUUGGGCAAGGUCCUGAACUGCACCAUGGACAUCGUCCAGAAGCUCAUCGCCGCCGCGGAGGACGGGGACAUCGACCAGGACGAGCGGAAUCACCUGGAGGAAGACAUCUCCCGCAUGCCAGCGCUGGUGGAACAUGUUCAGAACAAGGUGGUGGAGGCCACCCGGGAGUUCGGCAGCAAGAGGAUCCAAGACGAGGUGCUGGGUGAGCACUACAUGGUCCUGACCAUCUGCCGCAUGGCGCAGCUGACCAUGGACGAGGCCAAGGAGUUCUUCGUGGAAGGCAGCGUGGAUGACGAUAUCGCCUCCGCGUUCCGCAACUCCAUCAAAGGGCUUUGCCACUUCAACCAGGGAGACUUGAAGUGGGCUUUGCGCUCUUCUGUGUGCCUCUUGGUGAACUUCAUGAUCGGCUUCAUAGGCUGGUGUGCGGCGGAAAACCUCGUGCAAGUGGCGGCGGGCGAGGAGAAGCCCGUAUGCUUCAUCCGCCGCUACACCGCUGGUCUCGCCAAUAUCAACGUGGUGCUGCUGAGCCGCUACGGCGGGGGCACCUUGAAGGCGGCCUUGGACCGGGUCUCCGCAGUGGUGCUCGCCUCUGUGGUGGGACAGGUCGGGUAUGUCGCCUUCGGCUGGUGCACGGACACGUCCAGGAUCCUCACGCUGAUCUCGGUCUUCCUGGUCAGCUGGAUCUUCAUGUACUUGAAUUUCGACGGCGAUUCAAACACAGCGUCCAUCGCCCAGCGUUUGGCAGCGAUCACAGUCUCAAGCCUCAUGGCAGAUUGCUCCGACAAGUCCAGCACUGCCAGCACGUACUCGGGGAAGUACCACGACCUCUCCGAGAUCAUCAUCGGCGUGAUUGUCAUGAACCUCUUCGACAUGAUUGUCGGGGACGAGUCGGCCCAGAUUCAGGCAUCAGAACGUCUAACGGAGGCGGUCAAGGGCUAUGAGAAGACCUUCCAGCGGUACAUCAACAAUGAUAUCGACCACGAAGGGCUGGCGGGCGAGGUUUCCAUCAUCGAUGGCCAGCUGAACGAGGCGCGGCAGUUUGUGGGCACCGCGGUGAUGGAGCCAAGGUUCUGGCGACCGAACUUCAACUCCAUUCUCUUUGAGGAUGUCGUGGCCACGUACAAGAUCCUCUGCACCCAAAUUCUGAAGGUCAGCAAGGUCUUGGAGGAUGACAAGCAGUUCCUCCUCGACUCCCUUCCGAGCUUCUCACAACUGAGGGAACAGAUGUUCUUGUGCCUGAACGAGACCAGCAACAUCUCCCUGGCAUGCGUGGCGCACGAUGAGCAAGGGCUGGCAUCCAUGGUGAACAAGAAGGUGAAGUCCGAUUCGCGGAUUAUUGACAUGCUGGUUGCUGACAUGAACUCGCAGACACAGCCGCCACCCGUCAAGGACCGAGACGGCGAGAUGCACGUUCUCCCUGACAGCCGUCGCUGCGCGACGGCGACCAUGAUCCAGUCCAUGAUGAAUGGCAUGCGAAACUUGCAGCUGAAGAGUGUAUCGGAGAAGAACAUGCUUUGAGCAGGCGAUCAAUCACUUGCUUACCGGACACUCUCUUUCUCGUGGCGCUGCACCAGAAUGGGCU